AUGGCUUCUCUUCUCAAGAACACACUCACAAUCACCUUCUACUUCAUACUCUCUUCAUCCCUUUUGCAUCUCUCUAAUGGAGCAUACUCCGAGGAUGUUUCGAAAGCUUCAUCGAUGAUAAGAGUGGAGAAAACGACGCACCUCCAUUUCUUCUUCCACGAUCUCCACAGCGGUAAAAGUCCAACGGCAAUCAAGAUCAUUGGAAUCCCAAAUUCUGGCGGGUUUGGUGACGUGUAUGUGAUGGAUAACGCAUUGACCGAACACCAAGAGGCGACGUCGGAUGUGGUUGGACGAGCACAAGGAAUGUAUACAUUUGCAGCCCAGAAUCAACCAGUAUUUCUUAUGGUGCUAACUUUUGAGUUCACUCAAGGAGAGUUCAGUGGAAGUAGUCUUAGUGUGCUAGGGCGGAAUCCGAUCAUGGAUGAUGUGAGGGAGAUGCCGAUAAUAGGCGGAAGUGGGCAGUUUCGGUAUGCCAACGGGUACGCUUUAGCUCAUACGGUUUGGGCUGAUCCAACCACGAGUGAUGCCAUUGUUGAAUACAAUGUUUAUGUGAAACAUUACAAUAAUGGAGAAGUCGCCGCAAGCUCUACUCCCUCUCCUGCUGCGCGUUCGCGCUUUCUCUCUCUUCUUUCUCUUUUUCUCUUCUCUUCUCUCUUUUUAAUGUAUUAA